UACAGCCCAGAGCCACAACACUUUUUCUUUCUCUCUCUCUGUGUGUGUGUGUGACUGCGUGUACCGCCCAGCCACCCGUUAUCUCCGCCGGUGUCCGGGGUCGCUCUCAUCCGCGGCGGCUCGAACCGAGUUGGAUUUGUUCCGCGGAAACUACUUUGCCGCUGCAGGAGCCUGGUUUUCUUUUUUUUUUCCUCCUCGUCCUCCGCUCCGCGUUUCCGACAUGAGAUCAGGUGGAUCGUGUGUUGCUGCUGGCUGAAGGUUUACCUGCUCCAGAGUCUGAUGUUAGGCUGCAGCUGCCUCGGCCGCCAUCAUGUUCACCAAGAAGAAGAAGUCUCGCAUCCAGAUCUCGGCUCCCUCCAACUUUGAGCACCGCGUGCACACGGACUUCGACGAGCAGGAGCAGAAGUUCGUCGGGCUGCCGCGACAAUGGCAGUCGCUGAUAGAAGACACGGCCAAGAGGCCCAAGCCCUUCAUCGACGCCACCGUCAUCACUACUGUGGAACCACGGAAGACCAUCGUGCGUGGCAGCAAGCUGGGCGUGGACGGCUCCCUGACGUGGCUGCUGGAUGAGUUUGACACGAUGUCGGUGACUCGCUCCAACUCCCUGCGGCGAGGAAGUCCUCCCAUCCAGCCUCGCAGGGACUCCAGCUCCUCAGGAGGAGGAGGAGGAGUUGGGCAGGAGAACGGAGAUCCUCACCACAGACACUACUCAGACAGAGAGCGACCCAGACAAGACCACCACGGCGGAGGAGACCCCCGCCAGCGUGCUGUCCGUCCUCCUCAGAGAGAUGAAGGAAUCCAGGGUCGACCUCAGCAGCAGCCCCGAGGCCAAGAGCCCAGCAGAGCCCCCAGAGACAGGCUGGACUCCGGCCCUCCUCCGCCUCCUCACAGAGACAGAGAGCAUCGGGACCGGGACCAGGAGCAGGUGGUUCGCAGGGACCAGCCCGGUGACCCCAGGCCCAAAUCCAGCUACGUGUCGCGGGACGGCAGCCCUCAGUCUCCCCGGGACAAGAGGCCCCUCUCGGGACCCAACAUCCGCACCCCGAACCUGCCGGUGACCGAGGGGGUGAUGAAGACCGCCCAGCAGACCACGCGGCCCUUCAACACCUACCCGAGGACGGACAGCGAGGGCGGUCGCAGCCCCACCGGACAGCCGGGUCGACACCAUGAAUCCUCCCCUCAGAACGGACCCUCCAGCGGAUCCAGCCGAGGCUCCUCCGGCUCCAAGCCUCCCGCGAACCACCAGCACCCUCACCACUCCUCCCACCCCAUCCUGACCCCCGAGUCCUCCCAGCACCCGCACACCCCUCACCCCAGCGUCCCGGCCCCGAGGCCCCCCGUCCCCUCCGGGCCCCCGGCGUCCGGCGCUCCCCCUCAGGGCCGCUCGCCGCAGAGGGAGCCCCAGAGGGUUUCCCACGAGCAGUUCAGGGCGGCGCUGCAGAUGGUGGUGGAUCCGGGCGACCCGCGGACCUACCUGGACCACUACAUCAAGAUAGGAGAGGGCUCCACGGGGAUCGUGUGCAUUGCCACGGUGAAGACCACCGGAAAGCUGGUGGCCGUGAAGAAGAUGGACCUGAGGAAACAGCAGCGCCGAGAGCUGCUCUUCAACGAGGUGGUGAUCAUGCGCGACUAUCACCAUGAGAACGUGGUGGAGAUGUACAACAGCUACCUGGUGGGAGACGAGCUGUGGGUCGUCAUGGAGUUCCUGGAGGGAGGAGCUCUGACCGACAUCGUGACGCACACGAGGAUGAACGAGGAGCAGAUUGCCACCGUGUGUCUGUCCGUCCUGAAGGCGCUGUCUGUCCUCCACACUCAGGGCGUGAUCCACAGAGACAUAAAGAGCGACUCCAUCCUCCUCACUCAUGACGGCCGGGUGAAGCUGUCGGACUUCGGUUUCUGCGCUCAGGUGUCAAAGGAAGUGCAGAGGAGGAAGUCUCUGGUCGGGACGCCGUACUGGAUGGCCCCGGAGCUCAUAUCCAGGCUGCCCUACGGACCAGAGGUGGACAUCUGGUCUCUGGGCAUCAUGGUCAUAGAGAUGGUGGACGGGGAGCCGCCGUACUUCAACGAACCGCCGCUCAAAGCCAUGAAGAUGAUCCGCGACAACCUGCCUCCCAAACUGAAGAACCUGCACAAGGUCUCCCCUCUGCUCAAAGGCUUCCUGGACAGGAUGCUGGUCCGAGACCCUGCUCAGAGAGCCACCGCCAGCGAGCUGCUCAAGCACCCCUUCCUGACCAAGGCCGGCCCGCCGUCCUGCAUCGUCCCCCUGAUGCGACAGAACCGGAUGAGAUGAGAGGACCUUCGGGACUGCGGAGGGAAAGUCGCGCAGGUUCGGAUGGAUCAGAAUACUCCUGCACACGGAGGUCAGAGGUCACGGACGGAUUCAGCCAAACGCUCGGGAGAAGCGUUGGGAAGUGUGCAGGAGUAUUCUCGUUUUCUUGUGUGAGUCACUGAACCGUGGGGAGUGUGUUCCCCGAAUAAGAGGCAAUAAGGUGGUGUGUGUGUGUUAGUGUGUGUGUGUGUGUGUGUGUGUGUGUGAUCGGAUGUUUCGUGGCUCGUGUGUGAUCAAACACAGCAGAGGAGCCGCGGUUUGCCUGUGGAGUGAUUUUUUUUUUACCUGAAGAGCCUCACGUGGAAAGAUUAACACCUGUGGCUCUUCUCUUUUUCUUUUUUUUUUUUUUUUAAUUUCCUUUUCGGACCUUACCUGGAUUUUAAGCGUGAAUGAAGGUGGGGUUUUGCACACCAGUCGGAUGCUUUGAAGGAGUUUUUUUUAGAGACUGACGGAGCGACGUUUUAAUCUCACUAUUGGACAAUCUGGAACUGUUUUUUCACUACAGAGGCUUCUCUCAAAGACGGAACCCCAAACCCGGACACUAUCCUCACCACACCCAGAACUUACUACUGAGAGAGGAGAACUGUAGACUCAGAGAUGAGUCGGACUUUUAUUUUGUAGCCAUAAAGGAAAAAAGAAAAAGAAAAAAAAACACAAAGCCUAGGUUCCUGUUGUAAACAAGCAAACCUACACUAAGUGAAAAGAUAAACACUGGAGUCGUGGUAACAGAUGAAUUCUUCUCUUAUUUCCUCCUAAUUUUUCCUGUGUAAGUACAAUGAACAUAGAGAGAUAUAUCAGUUGUGAUGUUUUACUAUCUCUUAUUUUGUGAUUGUUUUUAUUAUUAUUAUUAUUAUUCCUGGUUUUUGUUUUUAGAGUGAGAUGUGAUGAUUUUUCUGAAGCACUGUUGACGAGCGAUAGAAGCUGCACUCCCAGUUGGUUUCAGCAGAUAAAACACACUAGACUUCUUUUUUUAAUUUUUCUUGUUUUAGAUCAGAACCACCCACAGCCCCCCUUAAAUGGGUCGACGACUCGGCCUGUCCGCACCCUUGAUUCGUGAUUUCCACUCGUAGGCUUCGUGUCUCGCCGCACGAACUCCUCCCGACGUAGAAAACGUGCUGCUCGUCAAUCAGCCGGCAGGUUGUUUUCGCUCUGCGGCCGCCGUUUUGAGGAAACGGCGAGCUGCUGACGUGCGUGAGAGCUCGUCACGUCGUUCUGCUACGCCGCUCGUCCAAUUAAUGUUUGAUUGCCGAGUUAAUGGAUCCGGCUCCCGAGUCCACGUCGCAGCGCUGGAGAGGACCAAACGCCAGGUCUUUGUGCUUUGUGGCGGUUUGUCUCGCUCGGUGCUGCUCAUAGCGUCGCUGCGCUUCUGAAGAUAUGUGAAGAUUAUUUUAGUGUUUGCGCUUCGCUCUGCUUAGAUGUGGUUUCUGUGAAAGUGGACCAUGAGGCAGAUAACAGAAGUGGUUAGACGGCCUCGCCAGCAGCUGCUCACGCUGCAAACACAUUCAAGAGCUCAAAGACGAAUUGUUCUCCGUCGUUCCAGCCUCUUCAGGUUCAUCUCAUUCACCCUUCAAACACAUCAGGAGUCACUUCAUGUCAUGAGUAGCAGCAAAUUACAGCGAACCGUCACCUCCGAAGCACAAACGGCAACUGAUCCUCAUCCAAACGCUGCCUCAGCACCGUUCAUUCAAACAUUACAGCUCAGUUUGACCCACAUGUCUGGAGGAAGACGUUUAGGGAUUUUGUACUAGAAGGACAAACGGGUCAGCACAGCACCAGAAGGCGAAGCUCGAUCUUCGUUCCAACCCUCAUCUACGGACUGAGUUGGCUUUGAGCGUCUGGUUGGGACGAAUCCUGGACGACUUCCUUUGGAGGUUUUCUGGGCAACCAGGACAAGAACCUGGGAUGAAACCAGAACUCGAUCUCAUCCAGCCUGGGAACACCUCAGGAUCCCUCAGGUGGACGAUCCGACUCUGCACAAGCACAAGAAAACGGACAUAACUACAGAUGAAACGCUCGCUUUGUUUUGAAGAUUUGUAGUUUUAUACUGCAGCAUGUAGCACUAAAAAGAAAACCACCACUACAGAAGAUGAAAUCAAAGAUGAGGCCUUUAGAAACAUUCCUCUCUCUCUCUUUCCAUUCCUGCUCAGUCUUCCAGGUCGGCUGCAGCAAAAAGCCUUUUUUUAAUCACACCAGUCGAGACAAUAACAGACCCAGAACGCUUCCACCUGAUUCCAAGAUCCAUCGUACGUGAGGCGGCCGUGGGGGACGAGUAGAACUUCUGCAGCCAUGACUGGACUUUUAGAUCAGUGGAUCUCCGUACAACACGUCUAGAUUUUGAGCUUGUUAAAAGGAUGUGAGGUUAACCGACAGCUGGUGACGUUUCCGAGGAGACGGACGGCUCACGGAGCCUGUUACGACUACAGCUCGAUGUUUUCUGUAGAGCCAGAUUCUGGCUGGAGGAUCGGGGAGGUUUCUAUCAGCGGUUUCACACUAAACCUCGUAGCAAUGAACAGUCAGCGCCGCAGAAGAUGGCAUUAAAGAUAAAGCAGCUGUCUGUUCAGAAGUCAUCCCUCUCAGAGCUGAGUGAUCGCUCCUCUGUCUUCAGUUCAGCUGCUGCAGAAAGCCUCGUUUCAGACGUUGUUAGAGGAAACAUAAACCCCGAGUAAGACCACCUGAUCCGCUGAGACACAUUUGCUCACAGUUUUUCAUCUCCUGUGUGGCUUUUUUGUAAACUUUAGGGGCUUAUUCAGCAGCUUGGAGCACCUCGUCUUCUACUUAAGAUAGCACACAGCAGCUCCUUCGAGGAGAACUUUGAGGCACAAAGUAGUUUAAUUUCUGCACAGAGAAUUGCAUCAAGCUGUUCUCUGCUUUAAUGCUGCGUCGCUCUCUGCUCGGAGGAUUUCUCGGUAACAGCAGCGGAACCCGGCGGUGCUGCCUGCCUCUGUGGUUGCUGCCACUCCAUUAGGCUGCACCUUGACCUCGAUAAGAGAACCUCCGUCAGGCGGGGUGGUUCUCCGUCUUCCAGCCCUCGGUGGCCUCUGACACGGUUCAGCUCGGGCCUCGGUCGACGCCCCGCUGUUUGCAGAGAAAACUGACUUGAUGAAAGCGUGUGCCACGACGUUUCCGUGACUUCAGAGCCGGUUUGUUAAGAAGUUAAUCGUAAACCUCGGUUCUUCUGUUUUUCCCCCCGUCAGAGGCUCCACACUUCGAGUAGGCGUUCCGUACUUUGUCUCCUUGGCUGCUUUCCAGGCAGCACAAAUUUUUUUCAUCUGUGUCAGUUUCUGCGUGUGUUUUGUGGUCAGAAAGUGGAAACGAACCGACACUGACUCACUGGUUUCAUGUCGGCUUCUAACCAGAGACUGGAAAAGACAAUCAGCUGUAGCGACGGCGUUCGGACUGAGAGAAUGUGAUCGAUCGUUUCGAUUAGCCCGUUGAUUCCUCACACUAAUCAAGAUGGAGAUAGGAACUGUCCUUCUGCUGGUGGAGUUUCCUGCUGUACUUUUAUGAUGGGUUAGAAUGAAUGAAUCAUGUCGGGGUUGAGCCGCCGGAAAACCAACACGAGUUUCAGCGAGUAAAUUCACUGUAGUGCUGAAAUCUCUGUACUCUGGACUCAUCAUGCGCUCGUCUCUCCUCAGCAUCCUCACAACAAUAACAACGAGGUGUUGAUUAAUUAAACCUGCAACUUCAGGUGUUGUUUAUCUCGUAAUUUCAAACUUUAUUCUCGCAGCGAGCUCCUCGGUUUGUUGGUUUUCCUGCCGCUCAGAGCCCCGAUGGUCCGACAGACUCCACCUCUGUCGGCUUCUGUUCCUUCAUCAGAUCGGCUUUUCUGUAUCAAUGUGAAAAUGUGUUAACUUGGACUGUAGCUGUGUUUUGUACCGACCAGAUUUUACUGCUGUGUGUGUGUGUGUGUGUGUGUGUGUGUGUCUGCGGACGUUUCAUGCCUUAACAUUUACAAUCACUACUGGACGGGUCGACGCACUACGACUGUUCCUGGAGUUCUCGGGCGACGCUUCGGAUCGAGGAGGCUCGCUUCAGCCGCCUCGUCUCGUCUUCGGGAAGCCGGGAUUCGUGCUCAGCGACUCGGUUCCUCCGGGGUUUAGUGCCUUGCUUAGCGGCAUCCCUGCAGAUGUUUUCGUCCCCGUCUUGCUUCUCGUGAAACCUCCAGCCGACUCCCGUUAAACAAACCUCUCCUCUGAUGGACUGUUAUGAUUCACAUUGACUCACCUCUUUGUUUAAAAGCUGAUUCUGUUGCAGUGUUGACAUACAAGCAUCUGUUUUGUAAAUUUCACUGGUAUUGUAAAAAAAAAACAAACAUAGACUUCACUUUGCAAAUUUUACUUUUUUUUUUGCAAAUACAAUUUUUGUAAAAGAUCCCCGUCGUCUGGGUUUUUCUGUGCGUCUGAGAUGUUGUGUUUUUUAUCUGCAGAGAUUAUCAGCCUGGUGUUGUUCGCUCAGCAGGAUACGAGGAGGCGUAGAGAGGCUUUUGUUCUUCGUGAAAAAAAAACUCACACAGGACCAAAUGUGUAAAAGUGAGAAAUAUGUGUUCGCUCGUUGGGAAACACACAUGAAAGGGCUUUAAAAAAAAAAAAAAGGUUGUUGCAUAUAAAAAAAAAAAGGGAUCUGAUUUACUGGUGAACAUAAACGCAUCAUGUGGGCUUUAAAGAGUGUUAAAGCCACAUUUUUUAAUUAGAAAAGUCGGUUUAUUGAGGUUUUAUUCAAGAGAAACAUCAUUGUUAUGCUUAAAUUAGGUUAAUUUGAUGUCUGUUCAUGACACAAAACAUAAAAGUGUUUAAAAAAA